AAGAGCAGCAUCAAGAGUGGCACAUAGAAACUCACAACCAGGACAACCAACAACCGACCCACCAAACACAUCCCCUCAUCAGGAGCAGGUUGGCUAGAGGUCAUGGAGUGGAGACUGGCAUUACUGCUGUUCUCAGGUUUUGUCAUGGAGUGUGUGAGUAUCCCUCACCACUUCAUCUUUGUGAACAUGAGUAAGACCUGGACUGAGGCACAGAGUUACUGCAGGGAACACUACACUGACCUGGCCACCACUGAAAACAUGGAGGACAUGCAGAUGAUGGUGGACACUGCUAAAGGUUAUGAGGGGACAGCCUGGAUUGGGCUGCACCAGACUGCUGUCUCCAGCUGGAAGUGGUCCCUGGCAGACGAUGAUUUCUAUGGUCCUGGAGAGGCUGACUUCACUAAAUGGAACCAUGAUGAUGAGCCUAACGGUGGGGCUCGGGAGGAAUGUGUAAUGCAGCGCCCUUCAGGUUUAUGGGAUGAUGAAAAUUGUAAUAGGCCUAGUGGACAUCGAUUUGUGUGCUAUGAUGAGACCCACAGUGGUAGCGAACGAUAUGUCCUCAUUAAUGAGAAAAAGUCCUGGAGAGAAGCUCAGGUGUACUGUAGAGAAAAUCACACAGAUCUGGUGAGUGUGAGACACGAGGAAGAGAACAAGCAGAUUAAAGAGAAAAGAAAAGGGUGGAAUGUUUGGAUCGGCCUGUUCAGAGAUGACUGGACGUGGGCCGACCAGAGGCCCUCAUCCUUCAGACACUGGAGAUCAGACGCCCUUAAUAACCAGAGGAAGGACAAAUGUGCUGUAGCAUGGCUAACUGAAGAAAACAAGGGGAAAUGGAAAGAGAGUAAAUGCGAUGAUCAACAUCCUUUCUUCUGCCGCUUGGACCAGCUUCAUCUGGUUUCUGAGAUGAUGAACUGGACCACUGCGUGGCAUUACUGCAGAGAGCACAACAUGGACCUGGUCUCCGUCACAUCACCCGUGAUCCAGCGCUGGGUGAUGGAGGUGGCUAAACGGGCCUCCACUGAGCAUGUGUGGCUGGGCCUGUGCUACUGUUGUCCAGAAGACCUCUGGUUCUGGGUCAGUGGAGAGAAGGUCAGCUGGGAGAACUGGUCAGAGGAGUGCGGAAGCGAGAACGAGGGUGGUGGAGGCGAGAGCGCAGGAGCAAUGCUGGCACGAGAGGGGCAUCAGUGGGUCAGUCUGCCCACCAGCGCCAAACUCAACUUCAUCUGCACUACCUAUGAGGAGGAAGAGCAGCCCGUCAGCGCAAAGUGGAAACAAUGGGUGACUGAUUGAUGAAGUGAGUGAUUGGUUGAAUGGGUGGUUGAUAAGUUGAUUGAUUGAUUGAUUGAUUGAUUAUUUCAUUUUAUUUAUUUCUUGCUUGAUUGUUUACUUGACUGGCUGAUUGAUUGAUUGAUUGAUUGAUUGAUUGAUGGAAUGAUCCAUUGAUUGAUUGAUUGAUUGAUUGAUUGAUUGAUUGGUUGAUUGAUUGAUUUACUUAUUGUUUGAUUUGCAGGAGAGCUGACAUGUAUUUCAAAGGUGUAUAUUGUCAUUAUGAAGCAUCUUUAGUUAAGGACACAUUUUUAUCAUUCUCUUGAUGUAAACUUUUAUUUGUAAUAGUCUGUUUGUUUUUUUGUUUGCCUGCUAUUAUCUAUUUUACAUGAAGGGUUAUUAUUUAAUGGUUUAUAAGAAUAGCUGGGUUCAUAACAAUAGCAUAACAAUAACUUCAAAUAAUGGUGUGGAUCUCUAUAUACAGGAAUUUUCACUUCUGACUUUAAACCCUUAUCAUAUAGGCACUAGA